AUGCUUUCCAGAUUAUCCAGAACAUCCAGAUUACCCGUGAGAUCAGUUCUCGGGUCUAGAACCUUGGCCCCCACCUUUCGUUCAAGCCCAAUACUUGCGAUGAGAUAUUACUCGUCACCAGACAAGGAAUUGAAGCAGAUUUUAAAGGAAGAAAUUGACAUUGUUAAGCAGAUCCCAAAUGAAUUGGAUAACUCAUUUAAAGACUUUUUGAUCGACAACAAGGUGGAAGUGACUGCCGUCGAUGGAAGUUCCAAUGUCGAAUUGACCAAGCACCUUGCAAAUGGUGAAAUCUUGAAGGUUUUCUUUGACAUUGAUGAGGUGACCGAUAUCCCUGUUGACGAGUUGGCUAACGAAGAAGGAGAAGUCAAGGAAGUGGACUUUGACGAGUCCAUUUCCAACGUCGAUUCAUUGUUAUGCUCAAUCAAGGUGUUGGUGGCCAAACCCACUGGAGAAGGAUUGUUUUUGAACUUGUUUUUGCAAUCGUCCGAGUCUGCGUUCUUGGUGGACUUUAUCACCCACAAGCCAGACGCCUCCAAGUUUUUGGAAGAAGCCAGAAAGGGUGACUUCUUGGACAAGGUACAAUACCAAGGUCCCAGAUUCAGUGAAUUGGAUGAGAGCAUUCAAAUUGGCUUUGAAAACUAUUUGGAAUCAAUUGGGGUCAACCAUGAAUUGGCUGACUUCAUUCUCAGCUUUUCUGAGUUGAAAGAAGAGAACGAGUACAGACAAUGGUUGGCCCGUUGUUUGGAUGCUUCUAUUUCAUACGCUGCAUUGAUCUUGGCUGACGCCGGAUUAGAAAUCACCUCCGACAACUUGGUGUCCAUCGCCAAGGCCGCCAAAGCCGAUGUCGACUCUGUUUGGGCCGAUGUCUUUGCUAAGGCUUUGGAAGGUAAGGACUUGAAGGAUUUGUUGUUCUCCUUGGCCGCUGCUGCCCCAGCCUCCGGUUCCGCCCCAGCUGCUGCUGCUGGUGGAGCUGCUGAAGAAGCUGUCGCUGAAGUCGAAGAAGAAGCCCCAGAAGAAUCCGAUGAUGACAUGGGAUUCGGUUUGUUCGAUUAG